AGAUGAAUGCAUGUAUAUAUAUAUGUGUGUGCGCGAACGUGGCGAUCCUCCCCUCUCUCUCUCAUACUGAGAAUCCGCCAUGGCUGUGCCUUCACUGAGCUCAUCUCUUAAACCCGCCAUUAUUACUCCAAUUCGAUUCGCAGAGCCAAAGACGAUACCCAACCCAUUUCACCAAAGACCACGUAUUUCCACGAAACCCAGUCCGCGUCUCCUCCGCCGCUUCGCCGCCGUGUCGAACGGAUCCACGGUGAUGGAUAUGUCCGGAGGAGGAGCAGAGGUUCUGCUGACUCUCUCGCCGGAGGAGGAGAGAGGUGUCGACGUGGCGGAUUAUGAUUGGACGGAGGAGUGGUACCCUCUGUACCUCACCAGAGAUGUUCCUGACGACGCGCCGCUUGGUCUCGCCGUUUUUGAUCGGAAGAUAGUUUUGUAUAAAGACGGCGACGGGGCUUUACGCUGUUAUGAAGAUCGAUGUCCCCACCGAUUGGCUAAGUUGUCUGAAGGACAACUGGUUGAUGGGAGAUUAGAAUGUCUGUACCAUGGAUGGCAGUUCGAAGGAGAUGGACAAUGUGUCAAGAUUCCUCAGCUUCCGGCCAAUGCCAAGAUUCCAAAGGCGGCGUGUGUUAAGCCAUAUGAAGUGAGGGAGUCACAGGGAGUUGUGUGGGUAUGGAUGUCGAACAAGACGCCACCGAACCCCGAGAAGCUGCCUUGGUUCGAGAAUUUCGCAAGACCCGGGUUUAUGGACUUGUCUUCGACCCACGACCUUCCGUAUGACCACUCCAUCCUGCUCGAGAAUCUCAUGGAUCCAGCCCACAUCCCCAUAUCUCAUAACAGAACGGAUUUCACUGCGAAAAGGGAAGAUGCUGGACCGCUGGUCUUUGAAGUUACUGAGCGUACAAGCCGUGGGUUUGCGGGAAAAUGGGGAAGACAGAAAGACGGGGAGGAACCGUCGAACUUUCUCAGAUUCGAGGCUCCAUGUGUUUUGCAGAACAAUAGGGAGUUUGUGGACAAGAACGGGGAGAGACAGUACUUUACGGGUUUGUUCCUAUGUAGACCAACCGGGCAAGGGAAGUCUAUGCUUAUUGUUCGGUUUGGAGGGACGACAAGAUCGGCUUUGAUUAAGCUGUUACCGAAAUGGUACUUCCAUCAGAAUGCUUGCAAGGUUUUCGAGGAGGACAUGGGGUUUCUAUCGUCGCAAAACGAGACCCUUAUGAAGGAACAGGUCCCGACAAAAGACUUGUAUCUGAACCUAAGGUCUUCCGACACAUGGGUUGCCGAGUAUAGAAAGUGGAUGGACAGAGCAGGGCAUGGAAUGCCUUACCAUUUCGGGCAUCGAACCGUCUCUCCUCCAAAGGUUCCAGCAGUGGUGGAACACGCCCCGGCUGGUCUGGUUGCAGCCGUUUCAGCUUCGGGUCCGGCCAAAGGCGGGAUAGGGACAAUGCAUGCUCCUAAUCUAUCGAACCGGUAUUUCAGACACGUGAUCCAUUGCAGAAGCUGCAGAAACGUGGUGAAGGGUUUCGAGCGGUGGAAAAAGGCGUUCACUGCAAUGGCGGUGGCUUUGACAGCGUUGGCGAUUCUGGCGACGAGUAGGCAAUGGAAGGCAGUCCUUUUGGCGGCGGCCGGGUUGUGUUCCGGUGGAGUUUUCGCCACCGCGACUGCGAUAAGAAUGAAUACCACUAACCACAUAAGGACACACAGGAGAUAACCAUAAUAUAUACACAUGCAUGCACGCAUGCAUUCAUGUGGGAUCUUCCUCGUUUUUCUCUUCUCGUAUCUUGUAAUAUAUAUAUGUAAGCUUGGGUCUUGGUUAUCUUAACAAUAUUCCAAAGGAAAAAAAAAUCUUAAAACUCUACUA